AUGACGGCAACAGAUACUAGGGGAUGUCUAUCCUUUUUAUCGGGAAGUACGGUCGAGGGUCAAACUUAUGCACGUCAUAUGGCUAAUCAGAAUAUUCAAGAUAUUGACAUUCUUAUCCAUUGUGGUAUUGUGAAAUAUGAACAAAAUCUUAUUCAAACAGGUAUUCCAGGAUUUGUUCGAAUCAAAUUCGAUGAUGGAAUCGAACGUACGGGAAGUACUCAAUUUACAUGUCAAGAUGAUGCGAAUGAUAUUCGGUGUCUCAACGGAUUUCGACUAAAAAAAGAACAUUGUACAAGUGAAACACAAACCGGUGCUGCUCUAUGCGUUGCGAUUCGAGAGGGUGAAACAUCGCCCGAUGCAUCUUGCGCCGCUGCAAAACAAACUCUAGAAUAUAAAACAAUUAAUAUCAGCAAGAAAUUUUACAAUGCACUUGUCAAUGUUGAACAACAACGUAAUCAACUGAAUUUCGACACAAUUUGA